UUUUGCAAGUUGUUCUCGCAAAGUCCGUUAGCUGCUGAAAACAGAAAAUUUCACUUUGUUAAUGAAAAAUUAAAUCCUAAUCGAAAAUUCAUCAAACAACUUGCAGAAAAGCCAUACUUCAAAAUUUCUUUCACAUCGCGCAGAUAUGGUUUGGCCAUCUGGAAACUAUCCAUUGUCAGCAAAUGGCAAUCGUAAGCGUCUUGCCGAUAACAAUCAACCCGUUCUGAUUGUAGAUCGAUCCUAUAAUCCACGUCGUCGCUCCGCUGGCGCUUUUGAGCCGGACCGCAUGCAUCGCCCAUUGCCGACAUUCGCCAAUCUCUCUGAAGACGAUAACGAUGCUCCAGAGUCAGCACCAUCACCGGCACCAGCUCCGGCCCCGGCACCAGCUCCCGCCCCGGCACCGGCUCCUGGACCGCCACCCGCACCGGCCGCUGCUCCCGCUGCUGCUCCGGCUCAUGCUCCGGCUGCCACUCCGGUUUUCGCUUCGGUUUUUGGCACGCCUUUGGCUCUCGCUCCCAACGCAGCUUUGGAUCCUUGUUCUGCCCCGGCUCCCAGCCUAGCCUCGGGACUCUCUCCAGACCCCGCUUUAGCUGCCGCAUGCACUUUGGAUCCCUCUUGCGCUUCGGCUCCCGCUGCUUCUGCCGCCUCGGCUCCACAGCGCAAGGGUCAAAAUAAGCCAACAGGUCGCGCCAUCACCGCCAUCGAUUACGGAGACGAGCCGUCACACAAGUGUCCCAUUUGCCUGGAGAGCGUCUCGGGCCGCCAGCCGGCGACGACCUCGUGUGGGCACGUCUUCUGCUAUCCCUGCAUCCUGGCGGUGGUGCGCGUCAGCCGCAAGUGCCCCGUUUGCAGCUAUACAUUAGCGACUCGUCGCUCAAUUAAGCGAAUAUACAUCUGAGCCGUGUCCUCGAGCAAUUGGAGAGUAAAUGAAGAAAACCAAACAAAACAUAUUUCAACAGUUUCAACUAUUUGGCGGCUGUUGCACUAAAUAAAUAACAUGCUCUCCGGAGAGUCUAAACACGAUUCGAUUCUCAACCGAGUCCAAAGUUAACUCUCUGAAGUCCAAAUUGACGAAAGGUGGCAUCACUGUCGCACUGUAAACCUUUAUAGGGCGACCUUCCCGAAUCUACAAUUAUAUAUAUAUCGGUCGGAUCGAAAAAC